AUGCCAGAUCCCGCCGCCCACCUGCCAACAGAGAUUGUCUCCCUUAUUUUCGUGAAAUGCCUUGUAACCCGCUCGCUCCCCAUGCGCCACCCCCACUCCAUGACCAUCACCUCCGAACCCGCCGCGUGUGAAUACGUGUUUCCGCGAAACACUCAGGCCCCGCUAACACUCAUCCGUGUUUCGCGCCCAUGGAUGGAAUUGGCGCUCUCCACACCAGCUCUAUGGAGCUCUCUUGGCGUCGCGGGCUACUGCAAUAGUCAUCUUACCGAAUCCAUUUGGCUAUCCCGGGCCGCCAACUUUCCCAUCGAUUUUACUGCACAGGUCAUCCUCCGUGGUCCGUUGCUUAACGUUUUGAGGCCACGCACGAGUCGGCUUAGGACGCUCGAGCUUUCUUUCGAGGAUCCUGGGGACCUGGAGCCGCUUGUUGCUGUCGGGCCUUUCGAGAGCCUUGAGCGGUUAGCAAUACGGGGCAGUUCGGUCGUGGAUUUCCGGAUUCCAGUUGGUGUUGGCCUUUCCCUCCUCCGCGCGACGCCGGCGCUUCGCAUUUGCUCCUUCGACAAUGGCUGGGUCGACGGAGCUUACUCAACGGAUGCGCUCGUUCAUGAACGGUUGACGCAUCUAACGAUGCACGGAACUCUCCAACAAGGAUACUAUCCCAUAUUGCUCAACCAUGUCACCCUGCCUUCGCUUCUGGCGCUGCACCUCUUCACUCUCCCCUUUUCUCAGCCUCAUGACCUGCUCGCAUUCUUUCGACGGUCAAAGCCACAACUGAAGAGUCUGGCACUGGGCAGACAACUGUCGUCGUUGACCGUUCCCGAUAUCAAGGAGCUGUUUUCGCUUCCCAAUAGCUCUCUUACACAUAUUGCACUCGUCGUUGACACCACAUCCACUGGUCUGAACUUGCUUCAGCACCUGGUCGAAAUCAGCAACACACUCGAGAGCAUGUCGCUAUGCAUCGGAGGCAGCUCUGUGAUCUUCCGGCCGUUCACACAGACGUUGCUGGAGCUCAUUCCUCGCUGUUCAAAGCUGGAACAACUCAUUAUUUCGUGGCACCCCUAUGACCACCAGCGCUGCAGCGAGAGACUCGCCACAGAAGCCUUUCUUCCAGCUCUCCAACAAGUUGCCCGCCCCAGCGCCGAUAUCUUCGUUGGUGUGUGGCCCAUAUUCAAUAUCCUAGAGAGUAUCUAG